ACCUCCAGCCUCGCACUGCUGCAGCCUCAGCAUCUCCUCCCUGCGGCCUCGCCGCCACCUCCAAUUCAGCCUGGCCAAACCCAACCUCGUCCUUCCUGCGUAGGCUCGAUUUGCUUUAGGCAGUUUAACGGUGGAUAUCGUCAGUCCAAAACACUCCAAACAGCUUAAGCUCGAGAGGAUUUUUAUGCUAGUGACAAGGAAGAAAGAGGGGCUCUGCUCCAAGCCCCUGCCCCACCACUGACCCUGGACUCCUGCUGAGCCCCUCUUUAAGUGAAUCUAGACAACCCAGGCAAAAUCUCUUUCCGAAAGGGGACCGGCUAUCAGCGAUCUUCAAGCUGUAGGUGAUGUCCACGAUGGGGCUUUCCCCAGGCCCCCUCCUGCUCGCUGCUGUGCUUGUGCUCCAGGAAGCAGCUGCCAACCGCUGCCCUCCAGCCUGCAUCUGUGACAACAUCAGGACCCACGUCCUGUGCCUGAACAGGAACCUCACGGGGAUACCUGGCACCAUCCCGCAGAUCACCAAAAAGCUGGAUCUCUGGGGCAACAGCUUCAAGGUCAUCCCUGCAGGAGCUUUCCUCAAUAUCCCAUACCUCACACACUUAAAUCUACAGCACUGCAAGGUGGAGAGCAUCGAGGAAGGAGCUUUCCGGGGACUGGGAAGACUGGUCUACCUCAACCUGGCCUCCAACAGUAUAGCCUCCAUCUACCAGGAGUCUCUGGAUGGGCUGUCUUCCCUCCAGCAGCUCAUCCUGGAGAAAAAUCGGAUUGAGGAGAUCCAGCUGGGUGCUUUCAGCCAGUUGGGGUUCCUCAACUUCCUCAACCUUGGCGAGAAUGCCCUGGUCUACCUCCCAGAUAUGGUCUUCCAGGGCCUGCAGGUGAUCAGAUGGCUCCGCCUGUCCCAUAAUGCCCUUCAUGUCUUGGGCAACGAGGCCUUCGCUGGCUUGCCCACCCUGAGGAGGCUGAGCCUCGACCACAACGAACUGCAGGCGCUACCCAGUGAGGCUCUGUCAAGGCUCUCUGGGACGACACGGCUCGAUCUGGGCCACAACCCCAUCACCUACAUCACCGAGGAGGCCAUCGACAUGGCCUCAUUGAAGCACCUUCUCUUGGACAACGCAGCCCUCCAGGACAUUUCGCACAAAGCCUUCGUGAAGAGCCCCCAGCUGCGCACGCUGGACCUCCGCAACAACCAGCUGCAGGGGCUCCAGCCACUGGCUGGACCAGCGAGCGUAGCAAAAAUCAACUUGGCUGGGAACCCCCUGCUCUGCUCCUGCCACCUGCGCCCCUUUCGGGAGUGGAUGGGGAGGAUGCGGGUGCACGUGGAGGCGGCAUGCGCUGGCCCCCCUGCACUCCAGGGACAGCAGCUGGAGUUGCUCAGGCCCCUCGAAAUGAGGUGUGGAGACCACCUAAUAGGGGCCCGGCUGUCCCCCAGCCCCACUUCUCCUGCUGGGCGGCCGAAGGAGGCUGCAAGAAGAAAGUGCCCAGGGGACUGCACCUGCUCCCCAGAUUUCCAGCACAGCAACUGUGAGAACAGAAACCUCCGGGAGAUCCCCCAGGGCUUCCCCAGCAACACCCAGCUCCUUGACCUGCGCCAAAAUGACUUCCAGGCCGUGCCCCGGGACUCCUUCCCCGGCUUGAAGGGCCUGGUCUCGCUCCACCUGCAGAGCUGCAAAAUUGCCGUGCUGCACCCCGGUGCACUCCAGGGCCUGGAGAAGUUGGUCUACCUCUACCUCUCCGACAACAACCUCUCUGCCUUGGAGGCCGCUGCCUUUGAUGGUGUUCCACAGCUUGCCUAUCUGUACCUGGACCACAACAGCUUCACCCGGGUACCCCAGGGUGCCUUCAGGCUCCUUCCCAACCUCUUCUCCCUCCACCUGCAGCACAAUGCCAUCGGGCAACUGUCCGAGGGUGACUUAGCAGGGGUGGAGAAGCUACGCUGGCUCUACCUGACGGGCAACACCAUCAGCAACAUAUCCCCUGCAGCCCUGCGUCCCACCAAGAUGUUGGAGAAAUUGCACCUGGAUGAAAACCGCCUGGAGGAAGUGCCCACAGGGUCUCUCCGGGGCCUGCCUGCCCUCAGCGAGCUGAAGCUGUCCAAGAACCCCAUCAAGUCCAUGGGGGUUGGCGCCUUCCUGCCAGUGGCCAGCACCCUGCAGCACCUCUUCCUGGACAACAUGGGCCUGGAGCGGAUUUCCUCGGGUGCUUUUGCUGGCCUUGGGCCCAAGAUCAAAAGUCUCUACUUGGAGAACAACAAAAUGAGCCGUAUCCCUGACAUGCGCAGCUUCACGGGGCUGGAAAUCCUCAACCUGCGAGACGUCCCUUUCCGCUGCGACUGCCAGCUCCUUCCCCUGCGCAGGUGGAUCGACAAACUCAAUCUCCGUGUUGGGGCCACCUGCGGGUCCCCUGCUGAAGCUCGGGGCCGGAAGGUGAAGUUUUCCACCAUCUUCCAAACCUGCCCUGGCUGGGGCCAGGACAAGGCCACAAGAGCCAGUCCUGACAAGGCCACAACUGUGAGCAAGCCCAGCAAACAAAAGAGAUUGGGAAAACCGCCAGCCAAGGGCCCCAAGAAGAGCAAGGCUUAGGAAAAGAGUGCAGGAUGCAACGGGGCCUUCCCUACCAGGAAGCAGCUUAGUGGGAGCAAUUUUCCUGGACUUGUCUCCGCUGCAGCCACCCAGAUAUUGUACAGGGUGCAAAGGAGAGAGCUUGGCGCAACUGGACCGAUGCUGAUUUGUCCUGACCAAGGAUCUGGGACCUAGGUCUUGUUUGUGCAGGACAAGACAGAGGCACAAUAAGCUGGAAAGAAGUAGGGCAGAAGCUUUGGUAGUGUUUGCAACACGCUUCAUCUAGUGACUCAAACUGAGUCAGACAAAACAGGAUAAUUAUUUUCACAAGGCUUCUUCAUCGACACAGGACAGGUGCAAUCACCAACUGUUUUUUGUUUUUUUUUUUCCUUCACCUUGUAGGACAGGUGUAAUCUACAGCAGGUUUUUCUUUAUAUUGUUUUUAGGGAUAUUGAUGUUUGUGAUUUAGCAGCUUCAGAAAACACUGAAGAGCCCUGAGGAGGACAGCAAAAAGCACUGACAUAAUAUCCUGCACUGGCUCAAAACUUAAAAAUAAACACCAGAGAAAACAUUUCCUGAAUUCCCAGAAGCUAUUAAGAAUUAAAACAAAAGCAGAUAUAAAACUUUCUAUCUUUCUGCAAGAUUCGAUUAGUUGUUCCCACAUCCUUUUCCUAAGUGAUGUGCCCGACCUAUUCUCCAGAGCAUCCCAGGGCUUCCAGGUUUGCAUUUCCCCUCUCUCAGGGGAAACACAAGAGGAUUCCUUUUUUAUUAAGUCAGAAAAUCAGCAUUUUGUUCAAAUCGGGAACACUUUGAAGGCAAACACUUACAGCCAUUAAAUGAGCACGAGGGGUGUGGAACAGAUGUAGCAAAGAACAGCAGAAGAAAGGCUCAAGUCCUUUGGAAGAUAACGUGCCGUGGAGACAGCUGGCCUUAUCACAAACAUGGGGAAAGGUGAAAUCACAGAGGGAAGGAAAGAGAGAAAUGCCCUAAGGCAUCUAUUGCAGGCUUGUUACUCAGACCACAGAGCUGGCGAGCGGGCACAGGCAGGCAUGCAGCAAGCCUUACUACAUGCCUCGGGCAAAACCAGACAUAAAUGCCACAUGCAGGUAUUUUUGGAAGGAGAGACACUGCUCUCCAUCUGCUGGGGGGAAAGGGAAUAAGAGAGUUUAUAUAAAUUUAUAUAAAAUUCAUUUAUACAGUUUACUUUUUACUAAUGUAACAGAAUAUAAAAGUGCAUAUAAAAGA